AGAACAGAUAGAUCUGUUUUUAGCCAAAAGGCCGAGAAAGGUAUAGGUGAUCUAUGUCCGCCUCCUCCAGGGUGAUUUGUCCGGAUGUGGGAGAACGGCGGAGGAAAGGACAUUGGCGUGCCACUGGACAGGCGAUAACCGUCACAUCGGACGGGAUAGAGCGACGAGGAGAGAGCGACGAGGGCACGAGAACGGAGACCAUGGGUGAGGCAGAGGGAGUAGUGUUUCGACAACUCUUUGAGGAGGAGUCGAGCACGUACACGUACAUCCUGGCGGACGGCUGCGAUCCCAGAAAGAGGGCCGUGAUCAUAGAUCCGGUUGAUCGAACGGUGGAACGAGACUUGAAGAUGAUAGAGGAGCUGGGACUGACGCUGGUGUUCGCAAUGAACACACACGUGCAUGCAGACCACGUGACGGGCACUGGAAAAAUUAAGUCGUUGUUGCCCGGCGUCAAGUCGGUCAUCGCUGCCGCCAGCGGCGCGCAGGCCGACCUCUACGUGCACGACAGGGAUAAGAUCAGGUUCGGCGGGCUAGCACUCGAGGUGCGCUCGACUCCAGGUCACACGCCAGGGUGCGUCACCUACGUGGCCAGCCUUCCAGUACGUCCUCCAAUCCCUCCCUCUCCCAGCGAAGCCCUCUUGCUAGAGGGCGAUGGUGUUUACCGACCAACGACGAACGAUGACGGCGCCAAUAGCAGCUGCGCCAGCAGCUGCUUGAUGGCUUUCGUUGGUGACGCGCUGCUUAUAAGAGGCUGCGGCCGGACGGACUUUCAGGGAGGCGACGCUUGCCAGCUAUACAGAUCUGUGCACUCUUAAAUCUUCACUCUCCCUGAUCACACGCUCAUCUACCCAGCUCACAAUUACAAGGGCUUCACUGUCAGCACCGUUGGAGAGGAAAUCAAGUACAACCCAAGAC